GCGGACGGAACUCUGCAGCUGGUAAAAUAGGGGUGGAGAGGCAGAACAAAGACUGGUCUAUUUCUACAGGAUGACAAAUCUAAAAAGAACGGUGCUCGACUGUUGAGACUUGAUUCUAGUACACCUAGUUCUCCGCAUUACCGCGUAAGGAAGCACUGUACGUGUGGGGGCCACACAGUAUCAGAAGUGCGCAUUGUUUGGACCAGCUCUCUGUGAACAUUAGCAACAGGUGAAAAAAGACAGGGAACGCAGGGAAAACGCCUGAAAACUAAUGAAACAGAAAACCAGGGAAGACCACAAACAGCUCUGUUAUGUUAGGCUGGUCACACCGGUAAAUAUACACAUCAAACGUCACUUCCCUUUAAAAAAUGUACUCGUUGACACCGCAGUGAAAGCAAGCGCUGUGUGGGUCGCCACGUAUGCACGGUAGAGGAGGCAAAGCGCAGAAAAGUCAAGAAAGACUCCUUACGUGUCGGAUUGAGAAGCUACGUAAAGUCCAGCUUGAGUAGCCUUCCAGGGGAUUUAAUUACCUUGCGGCGUGGCUAGGCUUAGCAGACAGCUGCCAAAUUGGUGUGGCGGCUUAUUGCAAAAGUUACUGUACACGUCAGAACGCACACGUUGGCACAUCUGAUAAAAGAUGAGUCAGAUGAACAAGAACCAGGAAGAUGUCCCCUCGUAUCUCAGAGAUGAACCUCCAGAAGAAGGCAAUAUCUCGGCUUCACUCUUGGCUGUUGUGUGUGAUGCAUGGAAAAUGACUGCCUUUCUCCAAGCCUGAAAGACACGCACCUGAAGCAAACAGAGGGGGAAAAACAUUGUGGCUCCUUAAUGGUUUCUAGAUGGAUUCAGAAAUCAUUCUAUUCCAAAAAAGAUCAUCCCCAGCCGCAGCCUGGCGUGCUGUCCCGGGUCACGGGGGGCAUCUUCAGCCUGACGAAGGGGGCGGUGGGGGCGACAGUUGGUGGGGUGGCCUGGAUUGGGGGCAAAGGCCUGGAGGUGACCAAGACGGCCGUGACCUCGGUCAGCGCGGUGCCGGCCAUGGGCGUGGGGUUCGUGAAGGGGGGCGUCUCGGCAGUGGCCGGAGGGGUGUCGGCGGUAGGGUCGGCCGUCGUCAGUAAAGUACCGCUCACGGGGAAGAAGAAAGACAAGUCUGAUUAAAGACUAUACUGCAGCAAGAAGUGCCUGGUUUUUUUUCCGGGCCUCUGGGGAGGCCAGAGUCUCUUUUUUUUUCCCCCCUUGAAGACGGCAGCAAUCACGUUAUAAUGGCAGGAGAGAUGCAAGAAAACAAAGCCAUAUGUUCCAAGACUCUUUAAACAUACAGAGUGUGCUCAGCUAAAUGAGCCAUUUUGACUAUUACCUCGCAGCAGGCCGUGAGAUGCUGUAUGCAGCUUUGGGAUAAUAUUAUGCUUUAAAGUGGAGAAGCUUUCUUUGUGAAGCAUACGGUUCUUUGAGAUAAAGUGAAACUCCUGUAUUUGUUGGAAUAUUUGUCUCAAGACUACAUCAAGAUGAGGAAAAAGAACGUUUUACUGUCAUCUGUACAUUUGUAGGUGUUCGUGCUUUGGGCAUUCCUAUGAGUUUAUACUAUCAGAUGAAACAAAUGGCAUUUCAGUGUUAGUGACUGAUAUAUAUUUAAUGCUGUUUUCAGUCACUGAGUAUCUAUGCAAGGGUUGACAUGCAAGUAGCUUUUAAUAGGAAAUGUAAAAUGAAAUAGUGUGCUCUGAACUAAAAGACCAGAAUCUGGGGCAUAUGAGUUUCAAAACCAGCUCUGAAGCUGAAUUCCUCUGUGAACCGAUGUGCAUUUUUCUUUUAGGUGAACUAAGCCAUACGAUUUAAAGAGAAAUCUGUCUGACAGCUUACACCAAAUACCAUGGGAAAUACGGCUAAUUUCGGUACUAUUUUCUUCAAAUUAUUUUGUUCUUGGGAUUUAUAACUCCGUGCUGUAUAGUCGACGAUGAAUGGGUUUAGGUGCGUCUUUUCUUUUGACUAAAGGUCACAACUAGUUGUACUGAGGAGUAGGCAAUAAUUUCUUUCAGUGCUGAGGGCAGUAAGAGCCAAAGAAGAAUCCGAAGCAUUCAUGUUGUUGAUUUUUUUCAUUAAUUAGCAUAGACUUUAGAUGAAGUAGUAAAGUUCUUUUUCUAAGAUUUUUUUUAUAUACCUUUGAAACUGUGAUAUCGGUGUAGACUGUAGCAUCAGAAUGCAGUUUGGGCACCAGAGGAUUUACUAAAUUGUUUUUUUCAAAUGAAUAAUCCUAAACAUUUUUCACCUAAUAAAGGAAUCUCAUUCACUUUUGUUCGUUGGAGUUGGCUAAAUCUAAGUACUGGCAAAAACAGGUGUUAGUUUUGUAGGACAGUUUGUCUUCUGAUGAUAAGACCUUUCUUGAUGUGAGCAGAAUCACAUUUUUUAUUUAAUCUCUUUAGAUACUACACAGUGUAUCACAGCAGGGUUGUUGGGUCAUCUCACAACAUUCAGUAGUGCCUAUGUCAAUGUGCAUGAUGAUUUACUGAAUAAUGCCAUUAUUAACCUUUUUGACCUGAAGUAUAGUGGUGAAGUAAAACUUUUAAAAAGCUUAGCCUCUUUUAAAAGCUUAGGUGAAAACUGCUCUGGCAGAACAGAAUAAAAGUAUUUGUUAUUGUUGAGUUUCAUCGUCCUAUUUGGAUUCAAACAAUAGAUGUGAGCCACAGUUUACGUUGUGUACGACGCCUAUUAUUUUGUAUAAUUUUAGGUAGUGUAUAUUUUGUGUAUGUUCAGCUCCUUUCCACAUUUCAAAAAGAGCCUAUUCCAUUUUUAAUAGUGGAUUGGUGCGCCUUGAGUGAUGAUUACAGGUGUAGCAUGUCACAACAUUCAGUCCACUAAAUGUUCACAGAUGUCAAUGGUUGUCUGCUGACAUUAGUUUGCUACCCACGUGCAGAGCUGUGUAGUGAGCUCGGUUCUACUUCCAAUGCAAUGUUCCAGAACAUCCCAUAUGUGCUCCACAGGGCUCAUUUCUAAAUUGACACCUUAGCCAGGUCUGCUGUUGUCUUCAACAACGCACCAGACAUUCAUCAGCAAUCACGCUUGCUUUGAGGAAACACCCUGGUUAGCUACAACAUUAACAUAGUCAGGAACCAUAGGAAAUGUUAUGUGUUGUGAUAUUCCCACUACUUUGAAGAAGAUGGACCACUCCUAUUACCAAGUUCCUAUUUAUAUUCGAGUGCAUGGAUACAUAUAUAGGUAUGUAUAUACUGUAUGUAUACAUGCACAUUCUGUGGAAUGCUGGAUAUGGUUAACAUACCUGCAUAAUGUAUUAUUAGAGGCUGUAAAAAAAUGGUUAACGUAGUUAACGUGGAUGGUUAACUUUUUUUGUAUAAGGUGUUACAGGCAGUAGGGCAUAAAAUAGUGCUGUAUGCCUUGCCAGCCUGUGAAAUCAUUCUUUUUUGGCAUUGAAAUACGUAACAUAUUUUUGUUAGAAUAAUCAAUAAAAGUGCCUUUUUGGUGUGAUGCUCACAGAAGAAUCGUGGAUGAAAAAGCACAGAAAUAGUUUAUGCUUCGUCCUGUUACAUCACAUGUCCUUGUCAAACCAGCUAUAAUGUCGUGUAAUUGAUGUCUGAAUUGUAAUUUUAAUGUACCAUUUAGUUCAAUAAACUGUGAAAGCUGGAACCCAAACCUAUCCGAA